AUGGCUACCAUCCCUUUCUCUAUUCUCCGUUUACCAGAACCUGCGCUUCACAAAUCUAUCAAGCAGAUGGGCCUUAUGGAACAAUUCUCCUUGUCAGUUCUCUCGAAUAAAACAAAGCAUGCGGUUACCAUGUUACCCGCCGUCAAAAAUAGAGUUUCUAUAACUAUGACGUCAUCUCUUCAGUUAGACAUAUCAAACGAGUUUCAAAUUGUUGAAUUUUUUUUCAAAAUGGAUCCUCACUAUCAGAGUGUAGAAGUACGUCAACGCUCUAACAACAGGUCAAAUACAUCUACAGAACUUAGUAUACCGGGAGUCUCAGUGAAAUUCUGGAUUGAGCACAUAGUUCAUGUAUUCUGUAAAGAUCAAGGUGCACUGCUGAAACUUGAAAAUUCAGCAGGAGAAAACUUUGACGAACUUUACGACAUGAUUGCAAACAUAACAAUUGUUCACCUGGAAUUUAUGUGUAUAGAACUUCAAGAUUACCAUCGUCUCAAACUUUUUCCUUUUUUGAAAUGGUUGACAGUGUAUGGAAUGGACAUGGCUCCAAUUAGUACUACAAUCCUAAUUCAGAAUAUCCAAGGAUUGCAUCUUGUUCAUGAAAUAAAAUGGAGAAUCAAUGAUGUACUAAUUUCAAAUUUUUCGAAUUUCAUUGUUUCAGCAAAGAUUUUCCAAACAAGACCUGAACCUUUUUAUGAGACAGUGGAUAAACGGAGCUAUGCCCCGCCUCGAAGUAUUCCAUGCAACAUUUACCCACUACGAUGAACAUAAACUUGUGGAAACUUACCUUUUCAAAGGUAUAAAGUACACCGUCGAAGACAAUAAGUAUUCGAAGAUCGUUGAAAUCGAGAGACACGAUGGAGUAAAAGCGAGCGUCUGUUUUGAUGAGCAGAGGUCCAGUGCAUUUUGUUUUUCGGUGGAGUCGGAGCCUGACUGAAUUCUAGUAUUAUUCUCUGGGUUUUUGUGUUUUUGUGUUGCCAAUAAAUUAUUUUUA